AUGACAAUCGAAUUAUCUAAAUAUAAAGAUCGAGAUGCAUUACAAAUGAAUGAACUUGCUGAAUUACGUCAAUCAUCUUCAUUACUUGAACGCGAAAAAUUAAAUCUUCAAGUUGAUAUUGAUUCUUUACGUGCUAAAUUAUCUGGAGAAGAAAUAGCACAUAAAAAAUAUCAAGAACAAAUCCUUGCUGAAAAACUUAAACGUACUGGAAAUGAUGAAGACAUAAAUCACAGUAGUCAAGAAAUUAUUAAAGAUCUUGAAAAACAAUUGGAUAGUGAACGUUUAGCAUUAAAAAAAUCAAAUGAUGAAUUUAUGCAAGCACAGAAAAAAAUUCGUCUACUUGAAAUUGAUUUAAAAGAAAUGAAAACACAUUAUGAUCAAUUAAUUUAUGAUCAUCAAUUAUUUAAACAAUCUAAUGAACAAAUUCUUGAACAAAUACAAACUGAUAAUCAACGUCGAACACAAUAUGAUAAAGAUUUUAAACAAUUACAACAACAGUUAAAUGAUUCAUUAAAUAGAGAAAAACAUUUAGAAAAUGAAUUAAAUCAUUUGCAAAAGGAAAAUCGAAAUUUAAUUGAAGAAUUACAUCAUAUUAAUAAAGAAUGUGAAACAAUUAAAACAAAGAUUCUUGAUUAUGAAGAUCAAGUUGAAAUUGAAAAUAAAGUUACAACACUUUAUCGUUCACAGAUGAAAGAAUUAAAUGAUGAAAUAACAGAAUUAACUCAAAAAUCACGACAAGUUAAUACUGAACAACAAAAUCUUGUAGACGAAAAGGAUAAUCUUCUCAAACAACUUGAUAUGACAAAUAUGCGAUUAAGAACUGAAAGUACAAAUUUAAAUUCAUUACAAGAACAAUGUACUGAAUAUGAAAAAGAAAAAAAAUUUAUGCUUAUCGAAUUGGAUGCUAUACGAAAAGAUUUUAGUACUCGACUUAAUUUACUUGAUUCGGAAAUUAAUACGGUGAGUUAUUUCAUAUUAAUCAAAAUGAUUUGA